UGUAGCCAGCAUAAAUUUUUCUGAGAUGUUCGAACCUACACACAGCAUCAGAUUAGUGAAUAUUGCAUAAUCAUUUAUCAUUGAACCUUACCUCUCGUGUAGUUCUCAACGAUUUUAUUCUCUGGACAGAGUGAUUUUCUUGUAAUCGAAAAAACUCCUGCAUUAUUUUCAGCAACAGCAAUGGGCACACAUAAAAUCAAGAUUGGAAUAAUUGGGGGAUCUGGGCUGGACGAUUUUGCCAAAAAUUUCCUGAUUGAUAGUAAGGUAAUCGAACGAGAGAACGUUAUCUCAGAUUUUGGUUACCCCAGCAGCGAUAUUUAUCAAGGAACGGUUUCAAACAUUCCAGUGGCCUUGAUAUUUAGGCAUGGAGUGGGUCACACAGUGUCUCCAACGAACGUGAAUUACCGGGGAAAUGUGGAAGCCCUGAAAAAUCUGGGCUGCACCCAUAUCCUGGCCUCGACUGCCUGUGGAUCUCUUUCAGCCUCGAUUGGACCUGGACAGCUAGUGAUCCCCGACAACUUUAUAGACUGCACUACAAAACGAGACGGGACUUUCUUCGAUGGCACAUCCGCAAAGUUCGGCGGAGUGCGUCAUGUCCCAAUGGAACCAUCAUUUCAUCCAGCAACCGCUGACAGCCUGUUGCUUGCAGCCCAGACACUCGGUUUGGAUGUCAAGAAGGGGGGCACUAUAGUCGCUAUCGAAGGGCCGAGGUUUUCCUCCAGGGCAGAGAGCAAGACCUGGAGGUUGUGGGGAGGUGACUUGAUCAACAUGACCACCUGCCCUGAGGUAUGUCUUGCGAAAGAGGCUGGUCUUCUCUACGCAGCCGUUGCCAUCGCAACGGAUUAUGAUUCUUGGCGAGAACCCGAGGAAUUUGUGUCUGCAACUAGCGUAAUGUCAGUUUUCAAGGAAAAUGCAUGGAAAGUAAAGAAUUUGCUCGUCAAAGCUAUUGAAAUUAUUGGAAACAUGGAUUGGGAUCAACAUAUUAAUGAUUUGAAGGAUGUGAUCGACAAGGCAAAUGUGUCAAAGAAUUGAAUGAUUGAUCAUCCGAUUGUUCAUCUGCGUCAGAUUUCUUCGCACUUCUGAAUUGAUUAAAUUAAUCAGUAUUGCUUUCAUUCCUAACAUGUCUCAUCUAGAAUAAAUCUAGAAAUAUCAACAAUCGCAAUUUAUAUAAUCCACACAGAGAGAAAAAAUCCUUUUUCAAAGGAAAAUCAUUUGUUACAAGCAGAAAAAAGACAAGAAUUUUUCGCUCUUUGUGCAUCUGCACAGGUUACACUUGUUUUCACUGCAAUAAAAUAUUUUCACAGUAUAACGGAACGGGAUAUUUAUUCAUACCUUUACAGUUUAUUUGAUAAUCGAUGUACAGUGGAUCUGAACAAUCGCAUAACCAAUUUGUAUCUACAAUAUACAAGUUCAUCUCGGCGUUUUGUCACACUCGCAGCUGCGUCUGAGGCUCUUCGCAUGGUGUCUUUAUGAAAAUAGGGGAGAGGAACACAUGCGAAAUUCUUUUCAUUUUUAUCUCUCACAGAAGAAAGCCAAAAAAUUUCUAUUUUUCUAACGAGAUUCUCCCAUUGUAUUCUUCCCUAAAUGAAGUGGUUAUUGCAGAAAUGAUUAUCAUUUCAAAAGUCUGAGUGUUUCUCGUU